AUGGGGGAAGUUUCCGAUGGUUAUAUAGAUGGGGAGGUGGGGGGGAAGUCGCAGACGAAUGGUGACUUGCUUCAUGAUGGUGGUCUCAAUUCCAUUCCCAACGGCCGGUCGAGUGCGAGUAGUUGGGAUCACAGGUCCUCGAGGAACGGGAGCACAUUAUCGUUCAAUGGAACAAGUAAUGGAAUCAGUAACGGUGUUACUGAGAAUGGAAGGAGGAGCCCAGGGCCUCAAAAUGGCUUCUCCAGAACAUCGUACGGGGAUCGAAACUCUGUCGCGUCAACAAACGGAAAUGUUCCAAACGCUGUCGACACAAAACCAUCAACAAACGGCGAUAGUGAGCCUCAGAAGAAAGUUUCCAUCCCUCCCCCAAUAUCAACGAAUCCUCAGAGCACAGGGCCCUUGACAUACACAACUUCAUUGCUGCCAGCGACUCCGACUCCCACCGAAUCUCCUCAGACUGCAACAUCUCCUGGGCCACAUCGAUUCUCCUCACCGCCGACCUAUCCCUCCUAUCCCUCACCUCUCGCCCCUUCGCCAUCUGCAUCAUCCUUACCCCAUCCCGGGGCCACGCAGCUGAAACAUCGACACACUCUGCAGGUUCCGAAAGCUGCACCUGCUCGAAGCUCUCGAGAUGGUGAGGACGCUGUGUAUAGUACUGGCAGAUUCUCACCUACCUCGGUAGUUGCAGGAGUUAGAAGAGGCUCAUUGAGCCUCAAUCGACGAAACACGCAAUCGAUACAUUCCAAUAUGCCUCAUGAAGAGCUUACUCUGGACGAGGAUGCACUGCAGUGGGCAGAAGCUGUACGGCAGAAGCGAGCUAGCAAAAGAAGGCGAAAAGAAGACGAAGACGACGACAGAGUAGUGGUUGGCACAAAGGUUGACCAGAACCAUGUGAACUGGGUGACCGCAUACAAUAUGUUGACAGGGAUUCGAUUUACCGUCUCGAGGACAAAUGCGAAGCUAGAUAGGCCUCUGACUGAGGCAGAUUUCGAUGCUCGGCACAAGUUCUCAUUCGAUAUCACUGGGAACGAAUUGACGCCGUCUGCCAAGUACGAUUUCAAAUUCAAGGAUUAUGCGCCAUGGGUAUUCCGACAUCUCAGAGCUAAGUUCAAGCUCGAUCCUGCAGAUUACCUGAUGUCCUUGACUAGCAAGUACAUUCUGUCGGAAUUGGGAUCGCCAGGCAAGAGUGGAAGCUUCUUCUAUUUCUCACGAGACUACAAAUACAUCAUCAAGACGAUUCACCAUGCCGAGCACAAGUUUCUACGGAAGAUACUGAAGGAAUACUACGCUCAUGUUGAAGCAAACCCGAACACAUUGCUGUCACAGUUUUAUGGGCUGCACCGAGUCAAGAUGCCGUAUGGUAGAAAGAUUCAUUUCGUUGUGAUGAACAAUCUAUUCCCACCGCACAGAGAUAUCCACCAGACAUUCGAUUUGAAGGGUUCGACAGUAGGCCGUGAUUUCAAAGAGGAAGAUUUGGAAAAGAACCCUCGAGCAACGUUGAAGGAUCUCAAUUGGCUUAGAAGGGAUCUACAUCUCGAGUUUGGCCCCGAGAAGAAGCGGGUAUUCUUCGAACAGAUGGAAAAAGAUGUGCAUCUCCUGCAAAAGCUCAAGAUCAUGGAUUAUAGUAUGUUAGUUGGAAUUCACGAUCUUCGACGAGGCAACCAGGACAACCUUCGAGACAAGACUUUACAAGUCUUUCAACCUGGUGGCGAAGACGAGCUGGACAGAGCGCCAGAUAAUAGAGGGAUGUUGAUGCGAACUCCGAGCAAAUUAGAAAAUGCACGGAAAGCCAGGGAAUUGAGGCAGAUCAUUAAACAAGAAAAGCCUAUUCCGAUGGGCCAAAGCAGUUCACGAAUGCCAGAUCACCUCGAGGAGAACACCGUGAAGAGGGACUUCAUAUUCUACAGCGAUGAUGGCGGCUUCAGAGCAACACACGAAGACAAUUGUCCGGGGGACGAGAUUUUCUUUCUUUCCAUCAUUGAUUGUCUGACACAUUAUGGGACUGUCAAGAAGCUCGAACAUUUCUUCAAGGGAAUGAAGCACGACAAAAAGCUAAUCUCACCCAUCAGGCCCGAACCGUACGGUGACAGAUUCAUUGAAUUCAUUGAGGGCAUUACGAAAAGCCCCGAAGAAGCAGAACGGGAGAAGGAGAAUGGCCCACAACCCACAGUCCCCCAUACCAACUCGAACACCUUUUCAAAUCGCAACACGACUUCCACUGAGUCGCCGAGGAGACGAUCAGGAAGUCAAAACAUGAGGUCAAGCACUUCAAACAACACAGUUCAAAGAAACGAGAAUGAUGCCAUGAAGUCGGAGAUUAGAGGCGAACAUGAGUCGGACCGACCAGAUCCAAGGACGAUCAUGACCGUACGCAGUCCGAGUGCAGAAAGGACAAAUGGUCUCCAAGGUCAGAUCCUGCCUGUUGUUGAGGAGAUGGGCGAAGCAAGCAGUACUGGUGGACGAAGUACAAGAAGCAGAGAGCGGGAUGAUAAUGGAGACAGAAGGCCACUCACACCGGCGAAAGACAAUGUUGACGAACGGCCGAGGACUCCUGCUAAGGAUUAUAGCCCCAAUGGCUUUGGAAGUCUACGAAGGCCAAUCAGCAGAAGUAGUUUGGAUAAAGAUCUCCCUCCGUUGCCACGAGUGGCCAGUCCUGCGGAGAUGAGCGGGAGCGAGUCGGUGCUACGAUAA